AUGGAAGACUUAAAAGUUAACGAUGGCAUUGUCUCAGAAACAUUGCCUGGAUCACCCCCAGCGGGGUUGGAAUCGUAUGGUUUCGAUCAAAAGGAUACAAAAAGGCUCCUUAGAAAAAUGGACUGGCAUAUAAUACCAUUCAUGUCGCUUAUCUACUUGUUGUGUUUCCUCGACAGAACAAACAUCGGCAAUGCUCGUCUUGACCACCUCGAACAGGACCUAAACCUGCACGGUCUGCAGUACAAUGACUGCCUCGCAAUACUCUUCCCUUUCUACAUUGCUGCCGAGAUUCCCUCAAACAUGAUGAUGAAACGGACAAGACCAUCUAUCUGGCUUACCUUCAUCAUGUUUUUCUGGUCCGUAUCUAUGGUUGGCCAAGGAUUCGUCACAAAUUACUCGGGGCUCAUGGCAACCCGAGUUUUCCUCGGCGUGUUCGAGGGAGGAUUGUUUCCAGGCGUGAAUUUCUACAUCUCACAGUGGUAUCGACGAGAUGAGUGUGGGCUUCGAAUGGCCAUGUUCUUUUCGGCAGCAACUCUUGCUGGUGCCUUUGGAGGCAUACUUGCUAGGGGUAUUGCAGAAAUGAGCGGAGUUGGAGGGCGGGCGGCUUGGUCUUGGAUCUUCAUUUUGGAGGGACUGCUGAGUGUUGUAGUGUCUCUCGGGGCCUAUUGGGCUAUAUACGAUUAUCCGGAUACUGCCACUUUUCUUUCGCCUAAAGAGAGACACGAAGUGCAAACCCGCCUUCGGGAGGACACCGGCCACCUAUCAACAGAAUUCGAUUUCAAAUACGUCAGGCAGGCAUUGACCGACUGGAAGAUCUAUAUCCACAUGUUGAUCUGUAUGGCUGGAUUUUGUCCCAUCUAUAGCUUCGCGCUGUUCUUGCCUACAAUCAUCAAAGGCAUGGGUUAUACUGCGAACGAUGCCCAGCUGAUGAGCGUUCCUCCCUAUGUCUGUGCCUGCUUCUUCACCAUCCUUGCUAGCUACUACGCCGACAAAUAUCGACGCAGAGGCGUAUUCUUAAUGGGAUUCCAGAUCAUCGCCAUCGUAGGCUUUGCUCUCCUUGUUAGCAGCGGAAAUACCGCAGUGCAGUAUACUGGAACUGUCUUUGCUGCUAUUGGCAUUUACCCUCAGAUACCCCUCGGCAUGGCAUGGAAUAGUGGAAACAUCGGCGGGAGCCUCAAGCGUGCCACGGGAAUCGCAAUGCAAGUCAUGGGAGGCAACUGUGGUGGCAUCAUCGCGUCGUACGUCUACAUAAGUCGUGACGGCCCUCGUUUCAUCACCGGCCAUAGCAUUUUGAUUGGCUUUGUCAGGUAG